UUCUGGACCAAGACGGGUCUUUGUGGCCCUGUUUGAAAGUUUUCUCGGAGGACUAAAGAGACCCUCGUCUAAUGCUACUAACUGUGCCUCAUCAAAUGUUAAAGAUUGUACCAGGCGAUAAAAGACCCCCCGACGGAGGAACGAGAAGGCUUCGUCAACAGGCAGGUCUUCGCUAUGAAAUUUAAAAACCCGUUUCACACCGCGUGACAGCUCCUGAAACACACCACGACCCAGCCAUCAGCCUGCCGCCCCUCACAGUGUUUCCUUUCAGUCCUGCGGCCUGUUCUGGGCUGAGCCCACAACUGCAGACUUGCCGUCCUUCUGGAGGCAGCGCGGCGCCAGGCACAGCUUUGACUCCGUGUCGGGAGAUAUCGUUUCCUCGCUGCCCAAAGUCUUCACGGUCUUCAUGCCGGGGUGCGGUCACGUCCAGGGGCUCUGCAACAACCUCCCCUCCCCUCCUCCCGCAAAGGCUCACUUCUACGCUCUGCUGCUUUAAAUGCUGGCCAAUGACAGACAUCUCUGAGACGGCAGCUCCGUGGUCCCCAGACCAGGCUGGGGAAGAGAUCGCUGGGUCGCAGGGACGUUGUCUCUGGCUUUUGAUCUGGCCUGUCCAAUUGUGUGAAGGACGCUUUUCUGAAUCCGAUGAGCCUCUUUGAUGCCAUGCUGUUUUCUCCUGCCAGCUCGUGACUAUAAAGUUAAAGGAUGCUUUGUACUUGAUGGAAGGAGUCAGAUUCAGGGCUGAAAUGUGUUUCCUACGUAACAGUGAGAUGUGAACCAGCGAUGCAGUCGGGCGGUGGGGUACUCACCUUUCCUAAGAGAUGCCAUCUGCCUGGAGGGAGAAUGGGCUGUGACACGCAGGUGCCCCAAGGGACAGGCCCCGGCGGUGGCAGGUGUUUAUGAGCGGGCAUAAGGGACUGCUCCCGGUGAGCACACCUUCUGAGGCCACUGCCACGGUCGGCGACGCAGGGGAAAAUCAGGACCUUGUCUCUGGGCCCAGGCGGCCCAGGUACUUUUGUGCUGCUGCUCAGGAGAGGCCCAGAGCCACUGCCACUGCCCAGCCAUGCUCAGGACCCUCGGGCUGGCCCUGCUGGCCAUGGUCAGCGCCGUGGGCCCCACCCUGGCCAGCGGCUUCACAGAAAAAGGCCUCUCUUUGCUGAGUUACCAGCUGUGCAACCAGAGCGUGGCCCGGAGCGUGCCGCGUGUGGAGGCCGUGCAGACGUCCCUCCUGACCCACGUGCCCUGCGGCCGCUGGAUCCCCUGGCGGCGCUGCCCCAAGACGGUCUACAGGACCCGCUUCCAGGUGGUGGAGGUUCCCGAGUGGAGGAAUGUGACCGACUGCUGCGAGGGCUACGAGCAGCUGGGCCUCUACUGCGUCCUGCCCCUGAAUCGGUCGGCGGAGUUUGCGUCCAGACCUGGGACCUGCCCGACAGUGGGGCCGGAAGCAUCCACCUCGCCAUGUGCCCUGGACACCGACUGCCCCGGCCUUCAGAAGUGCUGCCCCUGGCCGGGGGGCCUGCGCUGUGCGGCUCCCGCUCCCCGAGCUCCGGAGGGGACCCUGGCAGGUUUCUGGUACAACGUGACCGUCCUGGUGAAGAUGGACUUCAAGGAGCUCCGGCAGGUGGACCCCGGGCUCCGGGAUCACAUGCGGCUCCUGCACUCCAUGGUCACCGGUGCCCUGCAGCCGCUGGACACCACGGUCCACCACCUGCGCUCGGCCGGCGGGGCCACGUCGACCACGGUGUCCUGGCUGCUGCUGGGCUUGCCACGGCCGGCGCCGCCGGCCCGCGUGUCCUCAGCCCUGGACGGCAUGGUGCAGCGCAUCUACGAAGUGAUGGCUGUCCAGGUGCAAGAUGUAAACGAAUGUUCCUUUGACGAACUCCACACCUGCCCUGCAAGGGAAUGGUGUGUGAAUGUGGAGGGCUCGUACCGGUGUGUCUGUCCCCCUGCGUCGCUGACUUCAUCUCCCCAGGAGCUGGACAGCCCGUGUGAAGAUUGCCCGCCCAUCAGAGACCACGUGACCCUCAACGUCACCAGCAGCAGCUUUCAAGUGUCCUGGCGUUUAAAUUCCACCCAGAACCACAGUGUCCAGGUGCAGGUGUACAAGGGUGAGGAGCUGCUCAGGACUUCCAGGACCCGGGGGACGAGCCUGGAGGUGGCCGGGCUGGAGGCUGGAGUGCGGUACGGGGUGAAGACCAGCUACCAGGCGUGUGGGGCCAACAUCACCGCUGCACUGACGGUCAAGACCGAUGCCUGGGUCUUUGAAGUCACGGUGAGGAUCCUAAACCACAAUGUGACGGAGAGGCUGCUGGACCGCAGCAGCCCUGAGUACCGGAACUUCUCCCGACAGCUGCUGCACGAGGUUGAAAACUCCUUCCCGCCAGCGGUUUCCGAUCUGUACAGAAGAGGGAAGCUGAGGGUACAGAUCGUGUCCCUCCAGGCUGGAAGCGUGGUCGUGAGGCUCAGACUCACAGCAUGGGACCCCGAGUUCCCAGUGGGUGUGUCCACGCUGGCCCCCAUGCUCCCGCCACUGUGGGCGAGCAGCGUGUUCCGGAUCGACCCGCAGGGGACACGUGUGCAAGACUGGGACGAGUGCGCGGACACUCUGGAGCAUGACUGCUCGCCGGCCGCCCGGUGCAUCAACCUCGAGGGCUCGUACACUUGCCGGUGCCGCACAGCCAGGGACGCCGACCCCUCCAGACCGGGCCGGGCCUGUGAGGGUGACGUGGUGAGCCCCACGGGAGCUGUGCUGACUCCAGUGACAGGGGAAACAGCCCCAGCUCCCAGCACAGAAGCGACAGCCCUUGGCCUGGAGACCCCUGCCCGGUCACCCAGCCCCGCGCACCCAUGGGACACCCCUGCGGUGGGCCAGGCCUGGACCCCAGGGCCCCCACCCAGGAGAGGGGUCAGUGGCACGGUCGGCUACGGUAGUAAGAGCACAGGGCAAGGCGUGGAGGAGGAGGCCAGCACGGCCCCAGGCCUGGAGACUGGCCAGUGGACAGCCAGCAGGGUGGCCAACACCGCCUUCUCCCCCAGGGCUCCUGGGCCAACCCCCAGCUCCCUCCCCCGGGCUGCAGACAUCUUGCUGGACCCCCUUGGGGGGUUGCCUCCAAACGCCACUACGGAGCCGCCCUUUUGGCCCACUCCUACUGAAGGACCCACGGGCCACAUUGAGUGGCAUGCCAGCCUCCCAACAAGGGACACACUGCCAGCACCUCUGGACCCCACGUGGCCUCAGAACUCGGACCCUGGACCCUCCAGCUCCCCAGACCUGCCCUCAGCCCCAGCCCCUGCAUCUCCAAAGAUCCCGGCCUGCGCUCCCGUCUCCAUCGGCAGGGUCACAGUUUCCAAUGUGACCAGCACGGGCUUCCACGUGGCGUGGGCGACAGAUCUCACCCUGCACCCCACUUUCCAGCUCACGCUGAUUUCUGCUCGGAGCCCUGCAGUGCACCUGGAGACCCAGAACGCAAGUCUGACUCUGUCCGACCUGGAGCCUGGCGUCUUGCACCUGGUUGAGAUCGUGGCCAAAGCAUGUGGGGAAGAAAGUUCCAGAGCCCACCUGAGAGUGAGGACAGCGGCCCAGAAGCUCAGCGGACAGGUCAGAAUAGCGAACGUCAGGUAUUCAGAAUCCUUCCGCAACGCGAGCAGCGGGGAGUACCAGGCCUUCCUGCGGCUGCUCUUCAGGGCGGUGCGGGAUUCCUUGCCAGCCUCCAUGCGUCAGCUCCUGGACACAGGUGGGGUGCGGGUGGAGGUGACCCGCAUCGCCAAUGGCAGUAUCGUGGUGGAGUUUACCCUGCUGAUCGUCGCAGACGUGGAUGUCCGGGAGGUGUCUGCCGCGUUCCUCACCGCCUUUCAGAACAUGUCUCUGCUGGAGGUGGUCGGAGGGGACACCUCCAUCUGGGAUUACGACGAGUGCGAGAGGAGGGAGGACGACUGCGGACCGGGCUCCGCCUGCCGCAACUCCCUGGGGUCGUUCACCUGCAGCUGCGGGGGAGGCGCCCCCGGCGGCCCCGUAGAAUAUUCUGGAAGACCCUGUGAAGGCGACCCCUCUGGCAACACGACCCGGCCCCCUACCGCGGCAGGAACUGGGACUGUCUCUGCGCAGGGGCCCCACCCGACCCCCCAGGGCCUGCCCCCACGGCUGAACCUGACCGGAGCGGUCAAGGUGCUCUGUGAGAUCGAGAAGGUGGCCAUCGCCAUCCAGAAGCGCUUCCUGCAGCAGGAGUCCAUCCCCGAGUCCUCCCUGUACCUGGGCCACCCAUCCUGCGGCGUCAGCGACCGCAACAGCACGCACGUGAUUCUGGUGGCUGCGUGGAACGAGUGUGGGACCGUCGUGCAGAGCAACAUGACGAAUAUGGUGGUGAGGAUCGUGCUGAGGAACGACGUGUCCCCAGAGGGCGUCAUCCACCACCCGAAGAUCCUGAGCCCCAUCCACUGUGCCUUCCAGAACGACCUCCUCAUGUCAUCGGGCUACACCCCUGAGUGGGGGGUUUACACCAUCAUCGAGGACCUCCACGGCUCUGGGAGCUUUGUCACUGAGAUGCAGUUAUUUAUUGGAGACUCUCCUAUUCCUCAAAAUUACAGCGUGUCUGCCAGCGAUGACAUCAAGAUCGAAGUAGGGCUCUAUAAACAGAAAAGCAACCUCAAGGUAGUCCUGACCGAGUGCUGGGCGACGCCGUCCAGCAACGCCAGGGACCCCGUCAUGUUUGGCUUCAUUAACAACAGCUGCCCCAUCCCCAACACACACACCAUCGUGAUCGAGAACGGAAACUCCUACAAGGCUCAGGUUAAGCUGAAAAUCUUUUCCUUCAUCAACAACUCCAUAGUCUACCUGCACUGCAAACUCCGCAUCUGCCUGGAAUCCCCUGGAACCACGUGCAAAAUAAAUUGCGAUGACUUGCGGUCACUGAGAAGUGGGGAGACAUCUGUGAUGCACCAGAUGUCCUGGGGGCCCCUCAUUCGCUCCGAAGGACCACCUCCGGGUGCAGAGCCGGGCCUGGGCUCCGGUUACCUGGCCCUCAUCGCCGUGGCCGUCCUCACCGCGGUGGCGGGGGCAGCUGCCCUUCUCAUCACGCGAUACCAGAGAGUGACGGGGAAGUACAGCUUCGGAACCCAGGCCGACAGCUUCAGCUACCAGGUGUUCCGUGAAUAAGGCGCCCCCGCCCGAGGUGGCUGUGAACCAAGCUCCAGUCUUCACUCAAGCACUGAUGCGAGCUGGCUCCACCCCAAGUCUGAGGUUGGAUGAGCCCCAGAGACGGUGAAAACCCAGCCUCUGCCUACCCGCAGGAAGCUCAUCGUCUGUGUGGGUUCCAGACAAGAAGCACCGCCGGGCGGGGGAGAGGAGGGUGGAGAUGUGGGCAGGGAGUGGGGUGCCUGGAGCCACAGGCACAGGGAUCUUCCAGCCAGGCUUAGAUGCAGCUCUGCCAUCACCCAAAUCACCCCCCAGAGCUCCCAGACUCUCACUGUCCUAAGUGGUCCAGGUGCCCUCCUGGCUUGGCUCACUGUUGGCAUCUGUCACCGACCACCUGCCCAUCCUUCCAUGCAUCCACCCACCCACCCAUCCAUCCAUCCAUCCAUUCAUCCGUUUGACGCUCUGUCAGAUGCAUAAUAUUUCACACCUUCAAAAAUAUUUGGCAGUGCACUUGAAGUUCUUUUAAAAGCCGGUCAGCCACACACAUGCUGUGACGUCCUUCUGAGCAGACGUCUGUGCUCUUUAACUUUGCUCUUGCAUCACCAGGAUGUAGCUUUUAUUUACACAGCAGUGACUCAAAGGCACCCUAGUAAUAUGAACAUCUUUAUAGUAAGUAGAAUUAACACUAUAUAUAACCACUAUUUUAUAUUGUUCCAUAAGUUUUCACAGAUAUUAAAAUAAAUAAUUUUUUCAGGGCUGAGGCACUGUGUACCCGUGACACAGUGAGUAACCAGAGAAGGAUGGGUGAGUUAUUUACGUUAACUCAUGAGUUAAUAAGUGAGUUAAUGAGGAAAUGGGUGCAGAAUCUAAGUAGCCUCAUGUAGAGUUUUCUUCAUUACGCCAUGCUGACAGGUAACAUGUUUUACUUUGUUCAAAGCAGACUGAAUUGUAUUUGAUAGCCAGCACCUGAAAGUAUAGUGUUUUUCCUCGAUGAACUUUGAGUCAUAACAUGGUCAUAGUUUUUAAUUCAUGAGAUUAAUUUUGUUGAACGUAAUCAGCAGCCACCAGUACGGAGCACCUGGGAGGUGUAUUUUGAUUUACAAGUAAGAGUCGCUGUAGAGUCACAACAGGCAAUGCUGUGGACGAGCAGCUCUGGACGAGUAGAAUAAAUUGCUUGUGCCGUUGACACCCGCCCGUGCUGUCUGCUCUGUCUGGUUCCACCCACGUCAUGCGCUCACCCGGCAUCCCUGAGGGGCUGCUGCGCUGCGCGUCCUGGGGGCCAGGGAGCGUCUGUGGCUCCUCUUGAGCUGCAUCCACGUCUGACACCAGCUCGGCGCCUCUCACUUAGUUUUCUAGAAAAGGAGACAGUAAGCAUUCAGUCAACUGGUUUGAGUCCCAUGACCAUGUGGCGUUUUGGAUUUCAGAUAAAGUAGCUGAUGUGCAUUUAAAACUUCAUCUGCAGUUUUCAUGUAACCUUAGUAACUACUGUGCCCAUUCAUUCGUGUUUCCUGUAAUAAUACAAACCUGGUCUCCCCUUUUCCCGUCUGCUGCCCCAGUCUAUUUUUUUUUGACAAGUAUUUCCUGAGUGCACACCAUGCACCAGGCCCUGGGCUCAGUGCAGCGGUUAAUUGUGAGAGACAGACUUAGUUCUGCCCUCCUAGAGCAGUGGUCUUGUGGGAGAGAGACAGAUGCUGAAAUCAAUAGAUGGUGGGAGUCGUGGUAAGUGCUGAGAGGAACAAGUGCAUGUGUGCUGUGAGGUGCCCUGACCUGGUCCCUCCAUCCACUCAUCUAACCAUCCACCCAUUAUCCUCUGUACCCAUCAACCCAUCCACACAACUAUCUGUCUGUCCACCUGCCCAUCCUCCCAUCCACUCAGUCAUCCAUCCAUCCAUC